UGCAGCUACAACAAUUGCUGCCAAUGUCAACAGCAGCACAGCAAAAGCAACAACAACAACAACAACAACAAGCACCACAACUAUGAUGACAACGACAACUGCUGCUGCUGCCGCUGCUGCUGUUACUUUCGUGGCUGAGCAACCAGUGGCUGCUGCUGUGCAAUUAUUAGACUUGGAACUGACAGCAGCACCGCCCAUCAGCAAUGGACACGAUGGACUUAAAUUAACCAAAAAGAAGCAGCUACAGCAGCAACACUAUGAGCCAACAACAACAGCAGCAGCAGCAACCACAGCUGUACCAGCAGCAACUGCUUUGCCACAUGGCUACUUGGGUCCCAUAUUUAUGGGCGAGAAAACUUACAGUGUUGUGCAUCCUUUGAAGAAACCGCAGCCCAGCAACGAACAGCAGCAACAUGAAUCGAUAGAAACGCAGCUGCGUGAAGGACGCAUUGUUGAAAUUCUAGCAGCAACAGCAAUGCUUGAAGCAACAACAACAACAACAGCCAAGCCAGCAAUUGUUGCCGUUGCAGCUGAGCCGCAAACGCUGCUAUCAACGACUGUAUUUCAAGUAGGCGACAGCAGCAGCAGCAGCACCACACGUCAACCACAGGAGCAGCAGCAGCAGCAGCAGCUGCCGCCAGCAGCGUUUGCCAGUUUGCCACCACGCACUGAAUCCAAAAUAAGCGAUAUACAAAUUGAAGUCUAUGACUCCACUGUGGAUUCAAUUGUAGCUUCAACUAAUUUUCGUGACUCACAAGGUUAUUAUCCAUUGCCGUUGGAGACGACCCUGCUGGCAACUAGCAAACCUGCAACAGCAGCAGCAGCAGCAGCAGCAGCAGCAGCUGCAACUGGCGUAGAGCAGCAACGUUUUACGCAAUAUGUUAUCGAUCGCGCGGAUGUAUCAACGCAGCCAGCAGCAGCGGGCAAGCCACAGCCAGCAGCAAUUGAAAUACACAUAAAUGUAAGCGAAGCAUUCGGCAAUGAGAGCGAGGAUCUGGAGUUUAGCUAUCGCCAGCCCAGCAGCAAGCGCAAUGAUGAAGUGUUGCUUGUUGAAAUUAUCGAUAACAAUGGCAGCAGCAGCAGCAAUGGCAACAACAACAACAACAACAACAGCAGCAGCAGUAACAGCUAUGAAAACUCGGCUGAGCAAACGCCCGCUGUGCGUCCGCCGCAGCUGCAGGAUGUGCCCGAUGAGCUGUUUAUGCCAGAUUUAAAAAAUAAUCGCCCACCAGCACCACCACCGCCGCCACCGCCACCACCACAGCAGCAGCAGCAGCAGCAGCAGCAGCAGCAGCAGCAGCAGCAGCAACACAGUCAGCCCAGCAACAUUGAUCGCGACUCUGAUACAAUUUUCUAUAUAUCAAAUACUGAGGUCAAAGUGCGCGAAUCGCUGCCAACGCCUGCGGGCGAGCAGCAGCGCAAACAGCAACUGGAAACGCAAUUCUUCCCAGCCAACUAUAAUCUGGAGUCGGAGCAUACGCCACGCUAUGAGGAGGACAUACUGCUGUCGCCGCUGCAUCGUUAUCCAGGCGAUGCUUUGAAAAUCUUGCGCAGCAAUGGCGGCUCAGAUGGUGCGCCACCAUUGGAUGUUACCUAUGUGGGUGAAUCGGUUAUUGAAGUGGAGCAGCAACCGAGCGUGGGCAGCACCUUGAUGCCCCAAUCGAAUGACAUUGUUAUACAACCAGCGGUGCUGCCCGAUUUGGCAAUUGGUGUGCCCGUUAUUGGUGAGCUGCCGCCACAGAUUGAGCUCAAGGAGAUUGACUAUAUGCCGGGCGAGCUGGGUCAGGGCAUCUAUGAGAACGACAUUGACAACAAUGGCUUGGGCUUGGGCCUCGGUCUAGGCAAUGGCGAACCGGAUGCCGAUAUUAUGGAGAGCUCUAUACAAUAUGGCGGCGAUUUGAUUGAUGAUGGCGCCGGCGGUGGCUUCGAUGGCGUCGAGGGCAGUUAUCCCUUUGAGACUUCAGCUCAUCGCCUGCAGCAGCAGCCCGCGUUCAGUCACUUGCAACGCGAGCAGCUGCCUGUUGCUGAAAUGUUGAAUGCCACAACGCAGGCGCGUCGACGCAUCAACAACAUCCACAACAACAACAACACCAAUGAAGUCAACUUUUUGCAUUUUGAUCAGCGCAAAGCUUCGGCGGUGGCGCCGCUAAUGCAGCUUGGCAUGGUUUUUAACGAUCUGAGCAAUGUUAGCAAUGCUGUAGCUGUCGAUCCGUUCAAGGAGCGUGAGGCUAGAUCCCAAGAAUAUCCCUCGUUUAUGGAUGUGAUCAAGGGUCUGCUUUGUGUGGUGGUGCCCACUUUGGCGUUUGCAUUCAUAUUCCUUACAGCGCGCUGGAUGAUAAUAAAGACAAAGCAAAUACAUGCGAAUGGCAUGUUAGAGGAAAUUGAGCAGGGCCAGGGUCAGGGGCAGGGGCAUGGUCAAUGCAACGGUAAUUUGCCGCCACCAGAUUCGGGAGCUGAGGACAUUUCACGCAAUGCACGCGAAACGAAAAUGCAUACGGACAAGGAUGGCGUCUUUGUGGUUGAAGUGGCACGCGGCAUUGACUCCAAACAGCCACUGCCCGAGAGUCCCAGCGUCACACAGGACACCACCGAGCUGCCCUUCGAUACGCAAAACAAGCCGCAGACGCCACCGAAGCAUGAACAGGUGCAAAUACAUGCGCCACCCACUGAAUUUGGCAAUGCUCUGCAAUUGAAUCUAAGCCAAGCAGCUCCAGUUGCGCUAACUGGCUUGCAAUUGAUUGAGGAGGAGCAGCUGCAGCAUGAGGAACUAGCAGCUGCGCUAACUGGUCUAUCGCAGUCCGACUUGAGCUCCAGCUCCAGCACAGAUUCGAACAAACGCUACUCCUAUGGCAAUCAGCAAUGCUAUUCGCUGGAUCAGCCAGGCUAUGCUCAUGGUACGGUUAUGGUUAUGGGCACAGGUGUGCAGCAGGAAGAUGAGCCAGAGCCAGAGCCAGUGGCAGAGCCCGAGCCAGAGCCAGUGGCAGUGCCAGCGCCUGCUGCAUUUGCAACUGAAGCUAAGCCAGAGCCGCCGACUGAUUUUCAGAACAACAACAACAACAACAACAAUGAUAAUGACAAUGAUAAGCCUGCCUUGGAGCUGGAGCCAGAGAAUAGCUAUGACAGCUUAAUGAGCUUGCCCGCACCGCCUUCAACUGAAGAGAUUAAAGAGCUCAAUGACUUUACGCUUAUGGAUGCCAAUCAAUUGGAUUCGUUGCCACCACCACCACCGCCACCAAUUGCAGCAGCAGCAGCAGAACUUAAUGAUGCACAAAAUGGCAACAAGCAAGAGCCAGAGCCAGAGCCGCAGCCCCAGCAACAGCCACAGCACAAUGACAAUGUCGAGCCGCCGCCGUCGCCCAUGCUAAAUGGCAAUGCCAACAUCGCUGCACCGCUGGCCGACACUUUGACGCCGCCAGCAUCGCCGCCAUCGUCGCCUGCUGCUUCCGCUGGCACCACAAACUGCGCUAAUUUGCUUAGCAAUGGCCUCCAUGCUGUUCAUCCUCAAGCUGUGGAUGUCAAUGGCAGUUAAGGUAAGCAAGCAACAAAACAGCAAAAAUAAAUCAAUUUUUUUUCUCCAAAAAAGAAAC